UACACCGGCAAGGGAAGAAGUACAACAACAAAAAAUCCAUACCAGUAGGCUAUCUACAUUAAGGAGGAACGCUUCCUUUCCUGAAGAGAUAGGGCUUCGCCCAUUCAAACUGUAAUCGUAAAUAUAUAAGUAAAGCAACAAAUAAAGACUGAAAAGGCAACAUAUAUAUGCACAGUUUAAAUCUGCGGGUUCAACAAAAUAAAUUACAAAAUGUAAAGAAGAAUUAAAUUGCAUUUAUAAGCAUGCUUGCUGCGUGUGUGUCAAGACGGUAAGAACUCUAAUUAGCAGUGCCUCACUGAUGCGAGAGCCCUCCGAAAAGACUCGCUAAUAUAAACAGGUGAAUGCGCACUCUGGAGUUAUUUAUGGGAUUCCAAUGUAGGUCGCUCUUUUCUCUGGAGAACACGCCCAAAUAGAUGAGAUAGUUAUAUAAAACCUGAGGGAAGAACAGGAGCUGCGUGGUUGAGAUCACUGCAGUCCUGCCUAGGCAUUCACAUCUCUGAAGUAACGUGUGACACGCAUACAAAUACCAAAUAAACUCAGAAAAAAAAAAGAGAGAGAGAGAGAGAGAGAGAGAGAGAGAGAGAGAGAGAGAGAGAGAGAGAGAGAGAGAGAGAGAGAGAGACACGGGAAGCAGGGUCGCUGGAUACAGUAGUGUGAUUCUCCACUGGGAUUUACAAAUGCACACAGUGUGAGGUGACUUUGAGCACAGAACGGGUUUCUGUUUUGUCUGUAGCCUACACCUUGACCUGGUGUUGAGCCGUCCAGCACUGAUCUUCAAAACAGAACACCGAUAACUAUAUAGAAUUAUUAUACAGAACAAACCAUAGACAGAAAGCAAACAUCAUGAACAGGAAAACUCGGCGCUGGAUUUUUCAUAUUUUUCUCUGCCUCGGGAUUGUGUAUCUCAAAAUAGGGGGCUUUUCCUCCGUUGUAGCAUUGGGAGCGAGUAUAAUCUGUAACAAGAUUCCAGGUUUGGCCCCGAGACAGCGGGCGAUUUGUCAGAGCCGACCCGAUGCUAUCAUUGUGAUCGGAGAAGGAGCCCAAAUGGGAAUCAACGAAUGCCAGUUUCAAUUCAAAAGUGGACGCUGGAACUGCUCAGCUCUCGGGGAGAGGACUGUCUUUGGAAAAGAGUUGAAAGUGGGGAGUAAAGAAGCAGCUUUCACCUAUGCCAUCAUUGCCGCGGGUGUUGCUCAUGCCAUCACAGCUGCCUGCACCCAAGGGAACCUGAGCAACUGUGGCUGUGACCAAAAAAAGCAAGGAUUUUACACCCAACAGGAAGGCUGGAAAUGGGGAGGCUGUUCUGCCGACAUCCGCUACGGCCUGGAUUUCUCCAAGGUGUUUGUCGACGCCAGGGAGAUCAAACAGAACGCAAGGACGCUCAUGAACUUACACAACAACGAGGCAGGACGCAAGAUGCUUGAAGAGAACAUGAGAUUAGAAUGCAAAUGCCAUGGAGUGUCGGGGUCUUGCACUACUAAAACCUGCUGGACGACGCUGCCCAAGUUCAGGGAGCUGGGUUACAUUCUCAAGGAGAAGUAUAACAAGGCAGUGCAGGUGGAGCCUGUGAGGGCAACCCGCAACAAGCGCCCCACCUUCCUCAAGAUAAAGAAGCAUCCCUCCUUUCUCAAGCCCACGGAUACAGACUUGGUGUACCUAGAGAGAUCACCCAACUACUGUGAAGAGGACCCAUUGUCGGGCAGUGUGGGGACGCAGGGACGAAUCUGUAACAAGACGGCACAGCAGACCAGUAGCUGUGACUUGAUGUGCUGUGGCCGAGGCUACAACACACACCAGUACUCUAGAGUGUGGCAGUGCAACUGCAAGUUCCUCUGGUGCUGCUACGUCAAAUGCAACACCUGCAGCGAAAGAACAGAAGUUUACACUUGUAAAUGAACACAACAAAUAUUUAUGCUUUUUUUUUUUUAUUUAAAGGGGUUCUUUCGCCCUGGAGAAAAAAAAAAAAAAUACAUUUGCACAUGAUCUCAACCUGUGAUCUACAAAAUUUGCAGCAAAGUCCUUGCUGUCUAUCAUAGUGGAAAGCUACUGGCGGUCCCCGUCUUGAAUUGCAAGGUUUAUGUGAAGCUGCAAAGAUGACGUAUAUUCGAGAAAAACAAGAGGGAAGAACGCAGUCAUACACUAGCCUGGGACUCAAAGGCAGAAUAUGUUGUCCAAAUGUUUUAGAGAGAACACAAGGUCCUGUCGACCACGUGAAGAGAAUGGCACAUAGGUCUUGCUGAAUUUUGAGUAUUUAGUGGCGGAAUGCUGCAUCGGAUUCCUGAUUAAAAACCUUGAAUGUGGACCUCACAGGGAACAGCCUUGACAGUGCCCACAGAAGGACUGCUUUCAUUGUGGAUUAUGCAGAUUUGAGCGUCUUCUUGUUUUGCCUGGAUCUCACACGGACUAGAUACAGAAAGCAUGGUUUUCCAGAGAUGAAGGUUUACCAGCUUCUUUUAUUGUGUAGCUGUUACUAGCACCUAGUUUGUGGAUGGACCUUUGAGCAUAAUGAUUCAAACAAACAGUAAUGGUAAUAUUUAACAAUUUAUUUAGAUAAAACUAAUAUUAAUUUAUUUAAUAAUAAUAAUAAUAAUAAUAAUAAUAAUAAUAAUAAUAAUAAUAAUAAUAAUAAUAAUAAUAAUA